UCUGAGCAGGUUCUGCUGGCAGAAAGGACCCCAGGACCUGCCCUGGAAUAAAAAAAAACACGACAGACACAACAACAACAAGGAGCAGCCUGCCUGAUUCUGUGUGCCUGCCUGUGUGAUGGCUCACUGCCUCUGCUGCCUCUGGUUGUAAUGGUGUCCCCAUGCAUGUGAAGAGAGAGAGAGAUGCCCUCACAGUGUUCUCAGGCUAGUGUGUAUUUGUGUGUGUGUGUGUGUGUGUGUGUGUGCAGCAGCAGCAGCUUCACAAUGUCAUCAUGGUGAAUGCAGAGUGCAGUCCUCUCUUGUCAGGCUAUUAUCAUCACACCUAGCUCUGGCUACAGCCUAAUAGACACACUGUGUGCUAAUAGACUGUUGACCACAGUGUGAACCAUCAUCCCACACUGAUGCCAGUCCUGAAGGUCGCUGCUGUUUACAAGGUCUCAUUAACAGUGAGAAGUGAGAAGAUCGUGAUGUACCUACAGUGGGAUUUCACGGCCCCCUGUCUAACCCCAAUGGCCUGGCCCAGGUCCAGAGCCGGUCCCUGAAGUGUGAACAUGAGGUGUCCACCAACUCUCUUGCCCUGCUCUUAAUGGAGCCUCUGUUUCAUGAGUUGAAAUGGAGGAUGAAGAUGGGACAUGUUUACUUGAUGUGCUCUGUGAUCCACAAGCUCUGAAUGACUUCCUUCAUGGAACAAAAGAGCUGCUGAGUGGAGACCUGCUCAUUAAUUCCUCCUCUGGGGAGCCAUCCCUGUUCACAGACACCCCGAGCCCUGUGUCUUUGUUGGCAGAUGAUGCUGGUUCUCAUGACACGCCUACCUCAGGCUGUGUGGAUCUCUCCUUCUUGGAUGAGGCCUUGCUGGCUUCACCAGCUGGAGGGGAAGAUUCAGAAGAGGCACACGAUGCCCCAGAAGUCCAGGCAGAAUUGCCACAGCAGCAAGAGGAAGAUGAAGAGGAAGAGGAGACCUGUGACAUCUUGCAGCAAAGUCUCCAGGAGGCUGACAUCACUGAGCACACUCUAGCUUUAGAGGCUGGUCUAGCCCAACCUGGGGAACCUCUCUCGCUUUACCCAUCUAGUAUGCCCCUUCCUUCACCGACCUAUCUUUCCAAACCUUUGAACAUCUCUGGGGUCACUACCUUGCCUAGGGACACACAGGUUGCAGUAGAUCCUCCUCAACCAUCCUUGUUAGCUGUAGGACCGGGCUGUCCCUCGCUUAAACCUGCUGCACCCCAGUUAAUGGGGCUGCUACCUGGGAACGUAUUCCCUGCACCCUCUCCAGAUACAUCUUUCUCUUUAAGUCCUGCACAGGCAUCCAGCAUGAUCAUCCGGAAAACCAUACCAGGCCUUGCUGGCCGCCAACUGUUGACCCCCACUGUUAGGACAGCAGCUCCAGAGAUCAUACUGCAGAGGGCCCCUCUGCCUAUUCAGCCCAAGCUGCCUGUGAACAUUCAGCCUAGGUUGGUGCAAAUUAGCCCUAAACCAUCAGGGCAGAAAACAUCAGCAGGACUUACUUUCAUUCCACCAGCAGCAUCACAAAACAUCCUACUGUCUGCUCCUGUGGCGUCCAAGCAAACUCCAUCACCACAGUCUGCACCCACACUUAAUAAACCUGUCAGCCUCCAGCUAGUCAACCAAGGAGGCUCCAUCGUCAUUCAGCCUCAAGGCCUCUUUCAGGGCCAAAGCCACUUCCUCUUGCCCAGCCAAAGCUCUGUAACUGUGGCCCAGUCUACAAGCACUGCAAGGCCUCUCCUCACUACAGUGAGUAAUCAAAUGCCAAGUGGAGCCCCUCCAGCAGGACACCUCGUUGACGGCUCACAGAUUGUGACGGUACGCCCCAGGCAUCUGAAUUUCAGCCCUGUAUUUACAACUCCUACCGGCCAACUCACGCUUAGACAGGGAGCUCUCCUGUCGGGGCCCCUGCAGCUUCAGUCAGCACCUCCUACCGUCUUCCAGAUGCCAGCACAGCUAACAGGAGCCUACACUUCACAUCAGCAGGGGCAGCAUGGUGCUGUGGUUCACAGCCCUGCCUUAGGGAACCAGAUCACCUUGAUCAAUACCCCUAAUGUGCUCACCCCUGACAUGACGUCCAUAUCAAUAGUAAACGGGCCGCCUGUGGUGCAGAGCCUGCCCUUUGUUUCACAGGGACAGAGAGUAAUGGCAGGAGGUCCUGAGGAGCAGCUAAGUCUUCCACAGACCCCAGUGCUUCUCUUGCCUGAACGAACUGCAACAGAUAAAACUGAAGCAAACAAGCAGCUCCAUGGCAUCUUACAACAAAGUAGACUGCCUUCUCCUGUCCCGGUCCAGACACCCAUUGCAGAAAUGCACUCACAGCCUUCUCCAGUGGUCCAUCUUCUGCAAGAAGCACCAGAGAGCACUCAUAUCCCUGAGCCUGUUGCAUCAGUAACAAAACAUCUAAUUACCCAACCAGAGGACCAAAAGACUGACGAAGAAGGCCAUAGUUCUGAGAAUCAAGCCUUCAUACAUCUUCUUCACCAACAAGCACUUAAACCAUCAGCCUCUGCCGAGCCCUUGUCUGAGACACUGUUACUGGACAGUCACAACUCUCCUGCAGCCAGUGAGGCCGAAGCUUCACCUGUAGCUCUGGCUGUGUGUGGUCAGUCGGAUGCUCUCUCUGUACUGUCUGAGUGUGGCGGGAUGCCCACCCCAGCACAUUCUGGUUCAGAGCACAGUGACAUGCUGUCCUCGCCACCCAUUCUCCAGUGUGCUGGAAGCACCCCAUCCACAAUGUUCCCUACACCUCCUCUGUCAGACAGACAGCCUCUAGCCUCCUCUACAUUUAUUGCUCUUAGCACAAACCCCCAGGGUCAAGAGGAAUCUGUGCCGUGCCUGAGUCCAUCUGCUCCAGAAAAGAUUUUUGUGUCUGACCAACAGCCUUUAACCGUCUCUGCUUCUACUGACCAUAGUAGAGCCCAGCAGCACAUGAAGCAAAGCCUAGAACUCGGAGGACCUGGCAUGAUGGCUGAGAGAGAACUUGUCUUACCAGACCUACAGGAGAGCCUCAGAAUUGUGUCAUCACAGGGCACCCAGAUACAGACCACUAUCCAGGUUCAGAUACCAGUGCCCUCUGUCUGUGUGGAGGAAAAAGAAAGUCUUACUCCAGCAAUGCGGCAGCACAGGAUUAAGCAGCAGCUUUGUUCGGACCACAAUGCCAUUCUCAAUCCCAACACUCGUUCUCCGUUCACUUCGCUAGAGGAUGCACUGAGACAGCUUUUGCCCUACCAUACCUGCAACAGAGCCUUACCCAGCCAAGCUAAUCUGAUGACAGUGGAUAAGCAGUUUGAGAAUGUAUCAGGGCUGCUGCUGAAACGUACCACAGACAUGCUGAACAAGUACAAGAAACUCUUACUGGCAGAAUCCCAGCAGGAGAGUCCAUCAGCAGAGAUGGUGAUGCUGGAGCGGUUGUUCUUGCAAUCAGAGAGAUUUUCACUGGGGGAGGAGAGACGCAAAGCCAGGGGAGAUCCAGAGUCGUUCCUGAUGUCCUUGCGUAAAGCCUCAUUGCACCACAACAUGGUGCCCUCAGGCCGUGCUGAAGCCUCAAGCAGUCCUCCUUCUCCUCCUGCGUGGGCUCUGCACUCGGACAGGCCUCCAGGCCUUAAGACAUAUCGUUCCAGAAGCAGGGGGGCGCUCCGCCUCACUAUUAAACACGAGUCAGGAUCUCGCAAAGUUGUCCACAAUUCCGCCUGCGACAGCCCCCAUGCCUCCGCGGGCCAUAAGCGCACCUCUGGUGGGCAGCUGACCAAUGGAGAAGGAGAUGCACAGGAGAAACAGGAAGCACUUCAGCAUCCUUCGCUCAGUCCCCCGGAGAGCAGCUCUCAGCCUGUGCAGCAGGCAGUUGGGGGAUGUCAUACUGACACUGACACAGACACAAGCAGGACAGCCUGUGAUUUGCAGGACCUCCCACAUUCCACGGACAAGCCGGACUGCACAGCUGCACAGAGUCCAGAGAGUAUGCUUCCAGAGCUGUGUCCUCCAGAGGUUAAACGAACAAAGCUGGACUCCUCAGAUGCACUGUGUCCAGGUUCCUCUCCGCUGGUGGAGGACAGCGGGCUCAGCGAGCACCUGCAAAGCGCCAUAGACAGCAUCUUGGAGCUGCAGCGGUUGCAGGGGCCAGCGGCUGGGGUCAAACCCAAACUACAGCAAAGCCACUCACUAGAACAAGCAGUCAGCUGCAUGCUGGAGGGAGAGCUGUAACACACAGAAGACCCCCAGGACAAAAAUAAGUGCCAUUUUCACCAUUUACUUUCACGCAGCUAAAUAUACA